AUGGGAUCUAAGAAGAAAACUGAUGUCAAGGCCAAAGAUGCCAAACCACCAAAAUUGAGUGAGAAAGUCAAGAGUAAGCAAAAGGAUGUGAAGGAGGAAGUUUCUACGUCCUCAGGGUCAAGCAGUGACUCAAGCUCAAGUAGCUCUAGUGACUCAAGCAGUUCUAGCGACUCAAGCAGUUCAAGUGACUCAAGCAGCUCUAGUAGUGACGAAGAGGAGGAAAACAAAACUCAGAAGACCGAAGCUAAAAAAUCUAGCGACUCAAGCUCAAGCGACUCAAGUGCCAGUAGCUCCAGUAGCUCCAGUAGCUCCAGUAGCUCUAGCAGCUCUAGCGAUUCAAGCUCAAGUUCUAGCGAUUCUAGCUCUAGCGACUCUGAGUCUAGCUCCAGUAGCUCUAGUUCUGACUCUAGCUCUAGUUCUGAUUCCAGCUCCAGCUCCAGUAGCUCUAGUUCUGACUCUAGCUCUAGUUCUGAUUCCAGCUCCAGCUCCAGCGACUCAAGUUCGGACUCAGACUCAAGCUCCAGCGACUCAAGCUCUAGUAGCUCCAGCUCCAGCUCCAGUGGUUCAGACUCCGAUUCAGACUCAAGUUCUAGUAGUUCCAGCAGCUCUGACAGUGACUCAGACUCCGACAGUGACUCGAGCUCAAGUUCCGAUAGCUCUAGUUCGAGCAGUUCAAGCAGUUCAAGCGACUCAGACUCAGAGUCUGACAGCAACUCAACUAGCGAAUUAAAGGAGGAACAAAAGGGUAAGAAGAGAUCCGCAGAAGAUUCCAAUGAUAAACCAACAAAGAAGUCUAAGACUCAAGAGACAGAGAGUGAAGAGUCAUCCAGAACUGAAUCGCCUCAACCCAUCACAGAUAAGAUGGCCAUUUCUGCCGGUGAAGAUGUUGUUAAAGAAGGACAGAGAAAACAUUUCUCAAGAAUUGAGAGAUCAAAAAUCUCAUUCGAGGAUUGGGAAUUAACAGAUAAUACGUAUAAAGGUGCGGCUGGUAACUGGGGAGAAAUCGCCAAUGAAAAGUUAGGAAGAGUUAGAGGCAAAGAUUUUACAAAGGGUAAAAACAAGAUGAAGAGAGGCUCAUACAGAGGUGGUUCCAUCACUCUAACUUCUGGAUCAUAUAAAUUCCAGGAUUAA